AGGAAGAAGCAGGCUCAUAGUGGAGGAGCCUGAUGUGGGGCUCGAUCCCAUAACGCCAGGAUCACGCCCUGAGCGGAAGGCAGACGCUUAACCGCUGUGCCACCCAGGCGCCCCCAGUCGCCACUUUUAAAAGGCAAACCCCCUCAAGAGCUCCCUUCACCAUCAGGAGGAAUCCAAACUCCUGACCACCGCCUGCCUCCCUCCCAGGCCCUGCACCUGCCAGCUGGCGGCUGCCCGGACCUCCCCACCCCCUGGCUUCCACACUUACCACAGCCCCCCCCUUUUCCUCUGCCCGCCUGCGCACUGCCCCACACGCUCCUGCUCAGGGCUUCCGCACUCGAGCCUUCGCCAGGCCCAGUCUUGCCCCAAACAUCAGUCCUCUCCCCAUCGCUUCAAUCAGGUCUUCGUGAAUGUUACCCGCGGUGGGCGGCCUCCCAGGCAGGGGAGCAGCUUCCCCAGCCCUGCUCCCGCCUGGCUCUGCUCUAUUUCCUCAGGACCUUUCCUGUGCUGACAGUUGUUCCAUUGUCCGCCGGCCCCACCUGGAGCCUGGAGCCAAAGCGGGUACAGGGGGACUCCACUCUCCCUCCAUAGCUGUCUUUCCAGCAUCUGGAACGGUGCUUCCAGCAGACAGAUGCUCCGGAAAUAUGCGGCAUUAAGUUGCUUUGCCAAGAAGGCAGAGAAGACAGGGAGAGAACGUGAGCUGUGCUUGCAACAGCAGAAAGCCCGGGGAGGCUUUGGACUUUCCCUGCAGCUGCUGGCCCUUCAGUUGGUGAACUUUUCUCAAGUUUGUGCUGCCUAUCCUGAGAUCUGGGCCUGAGUGGACCCCACCCCGUGGCCUGUAACCUUCGGGGGAGAGGCAGGAUAAGAAGUUCCAGACCCUGCCUGACAACUGACCCUAAGAGAUGGAUCAUAUUUGCUCAGGAGCCCCAGGAUGUUGACCAUUGCUCUUCUUGCCCUUCUCUGUGCAUCAGCCUCGGCCAAUGCCAUUCAGGCUAGGUCGUCCUCCUACAAUGGAGAGUAUGGAGGUGGUGGAGGACAGAGAUUCUCCCAUUCUACCAACCAGCUGGAAGGCCCCAUCACCGCCAUCCGUAUCCGGUUCAACAGACACUACAUCACAGGUCUCCAGGUACGCUAUGGCAAGGUGUGGAGCGACUACGUGGGCGGCACCGAUGGGGACCUGGCGGAUAUUUUCCUACACCCUGGGGAGUCCGUGAUCCAGGUGUCUGGCAAGUACUACGACUACCUAAGGAAGCUGGUCUUCGUGACCGACAAGGGCCGCUACCUGCCUUUUGGGGAAGACGUAGGCACGAAUUUCAGCGCUGUCCCCUUGUACCCCAACGCUGUGCUGCGGUUCAUCAGUGGCCGCGCCAGUACCCUCAUCCAUGCCAUCGGCCUGCACUGGGGUGCCUACCCCAAAUGACUGCAGCAGCUGCUGAGCCC